AAUGCCUGCUCAUUUCCUGUGCUGUUUGGCCUGUUGAAACUAACGAUUCUAAUGGCCAGCCAGGCCACUCUUUCCCAAAUGGCUUUGGGGAGAAAACAUUGUAAUCGGUUUCAGCAUAGUAAAGUUCAUUAGAAACCACUGGGAUAGCAUUCACUUUGCAUGUCCAUGGCUCCUAUAACCAGUGUUGGCCAAUCAGGAGCCAGGCCUUGAGUCCUCAUCUCAUGCUCCUGUCAGUAAACUCUGGGCUUUUGACAGUUAUGCUUAAUUUUGACCUGUUGGUCUGACUGCCGCUGGGUAACUUCAUCUUGGGGUUCACCAGACUUCAUCCACAAAUGAGAAUUAGCAGCCACUUUCAGAGGCAGAAACUCCUUAUGUAGACCAGGCAGGACCUUUUGGGAGUUUUUUGUUUGUUUUGUUUUUCGACAUAGGGUUUCUGUUUAUAGCCCUGGCUGUCCUGGAGCUCUCUCUCUGUAGACCAGGCUGGUUUCUAAUCCACAGAGAUCUGUCUGCCUCUGUCUCCCCAGUGCUGGGAUUAAAGGUGUGCACCUCUCCCAGCUGUUUGUUAGUUUAAUAAUGCUACCUUUCAUAUUAAGUGAAAUUUCAUCUUCUGUCAACCACUGUUAGCAUCCUCCAGAAUUUUUUUCAUGAUUCACAGUGUUAUUAGCAAAUUUUUGUUCGUUUUGUUUUGUUUUGAGACAGGGUUAAUCUGUGCAGCCUUGCCUGUUCCUUUGUAGACCAGGCUGUCCUUGAACACACGGAGCUCCCCCUGCCUCUGCCUCCCUGAGUGCUGGGAUUACAGGCAUGUACCCCCACAUCUGGCUGUAUUUCCAAAUUUUUAAAAAAUAAAAGUUUUGUUUGUUUUGUUUAAGAUAGGAUCUCACUAUCUGUCACCAUGGGAUAUUUGAUCAGAUUGUGUACCCCCAAAUUGUGAACUGUAUAUCCUGUUUCCUUUUUGGCAUGGUUGAACCCUAUCACAUAUCUUUAGCCAAUAAUUUUUCUAUUUAUUAUAAACAGGUGAUUAUGAUGUGGUUCAGCCAUCCGUAGCACACAACUUUAAUCCAAGAGUGUUCUGAACACAGGACUUAAUAAAGUUGACUUGGGUCAAGAGAUGGAGCAAGUAACCAGCUGCCAGGGAUUACAGAGUAGAAGGGACUUUUAGUUGAGGGGUAUUUAAGACAGCCUAAUAAAGCAAAAGGAGCUUUAGCUCUCUGGCUUUUGGGGCUCUUUGGGCUUUAAGCUAGCAAACCUUUGGCCUUGGGUUUUAUUUUUUGCCUUUCCCUCCUGGGUUGUCAGCUGAGCCUUUGGGGCUUUAUCUGUCAGGAGCUGAGUAGGUCAGCUGGGUACUUUCUCUGCCUCUCUGAGCUAGCAGAUUUUCACCCCAGCAUCUGGCUCCUGAGGCUUUAUUGGUAAACUAGAGCUGUUGGGCUUUCCAUUCAUUAAUAAUAACUAUGUAGUUCUGGCUGUUCUAGAAUUCACUAUGUAUACCAGGUAGGCUGGCUUGGAACACACAGGGAUCCUCCUGCCUCUACCUCCUGAGCCAGUGCUGAGAUUAAAGGUGAGUGCCACCAUUCCUGGCCAAGAUUUUACAUUUGUGUAUGUAGUGUGCUCAGUGGUGUGUACCUGUGGAUGACUUGCAGGAAGCAGUUCUCUCUCUCUAAGGGAAUUCUGGGGAUGAAACUCAGGUCAUCAGACUUGAAAGUAGAAAAUGUUGUUAGCACAAAUAAAUCGGGACUCUCAGGGAAUGACAGAGUUCCCUGGAGGAGGAAUGGAGGCUCAACAUGUUACCCUGUGCCUGACAGAGGCGGUGACCGUGGCAGAUGGUGACAAUUUAGAAAAUAUGGAAGGUGUAAGUUUACAAGCUGUAACCCUUGCAGAUGGCUCUACUGCUUACAUACAGCAUAAUUCUAAAGAUGGGAGACUCAUUGAUGGCCAGGUCAUUCAGUUGGAAGAUGGUUCUGCUGCCUAUGUUCAACAUGUCCCCAUACCUAAAAGUACAGGGGACAGUUUGCGGCUGGAGGAUGGGCAAGCAGUGCAGUUAGAAGACGGAACCACUGCGUUUAUUCACCACACUUCUAAAGAUAGUUAUGACCAGAGCUCACUUCAGGCAGUUCAACUGGAAGAUGGAACAACAGCUUACAUCCACCAUGCAGUGCAAGUCCCACAAUCUGAUACCAUCUUGGCAAUUCAGGCUGAUGGGACAGUGGCAGGGCUGCACACUGGGGAUGCCACAAUUGACCCAGAUACCAUUAGUGCUUUGGAACAGUAUGCAGCAAAGGUGUCCAUUGAUGGGAGUGAAAGUGUAUCAAGUACAGGAAUGAUUGGGGAAAAUGAGCAAGAGAAAAAAAUGCAGAUUGUCUUACAAGGACAUGCUACGAGAGUAACUCCUAAAUCUCAACAAAGCGGAGAGAAGGCAUUCCGGUGUAAAUAUGACGGGUGUGGCAAACUCUAUACAACAGCUCAUCAUCUCAAGGUCCAUGAGCGCUCACACACAGGAGACCGGCCUUAUCAGUGUGAGCAUUCAGGCUGUGGGAAAGCAUUUGCGACAGGUUAUGGAUUAAAAAGUCAUUUCAGAACUCAUACUGGAGAAAAGCCAUAUCGGUGUUCAGAAGAUAAUUGUACAAAAUCUUUCAAAACUUCAGGAGACCUACAGAAGCAUAUCAGAACCCAUACAGGAGAAAGGCCCUUUAAAUGUCCUAUCGAAGGCUGCGGUCGGUCCUUUACAACAUCAAAUAUCAGAAAAGUGCACAUUAGGACACACACGGGAGAAAGGCCUUAUUACUGCACAGAACCAGGCUGUGGGAGGGCAUUUGCCAGCGCAACUAAUUAUAAAAACCAUGUGAGGAUACACACAGGAGAAAAGCCAUAUGUCUGUACAGUUCCUGGGUGUGACAAAAGGUUUACAGAAUAUUCCAGUUUGUAUAAACACCAUGUCGUUCACACUCAUUCUAAACCAUACAACUGUAACCACUGUGGGAAGACAUACAAACAGAUCUCCACGCUGGCCAUGCACAAACGGACAGCCCACAAUGACACAGAGCCCAUUGAGGAGGAGCAGGAAGCCUUCUUUGAGCCUCCCCCAGGUCAAGGUGAUGAUGUUCUUAAAGGGCCCCAGAUCACUUACGUCACAGGUGUAGAAGGAGAGGACAUUGUAUCUACACAAGUGGCCACAGUAACCCAGUCUGGAUUGAGCCAGCAGGUUACACUCAUAUCCCAGGAUGGGACUCAACAUGUCAACAUAUCUCAAGCAGACAUGCAGGCCAUUGGCAACACCAUCACCAUGGUAACACAGGACGGCACACCCAUCACAGUCCCCACUCACGAUGCAGUCAUCUCCUCAACAGGAACACACUCUGUUGCUAUGGUCACUACUGAGGGCACAGAAGGACAGCAGGUUGCAAUUGUGGCUCAAGACCUGACAGCAUUCCAUACAGCCUCUUCAGAAAUGGGACACCAACAACAUAGCCAUCAUUUAGUAACUACAGAAACCAGACCUCUGACCUUAGUGGCAACAUCCAACGGCACCCAGAUUGCAGUUCAGCUUGGAGAGCAGCCAUCUCUGGAAGAAGCUAUCAGAAUAGCAUCUAGGAUCCAACAAGGAGAAACACCAGGGCUGGAUGAUUAAUAUGCAGAACCAUACAGCAAUAAAACGGGAAGAAGGAGCCUUUCAUCUUCUACGGCAAAAAUGCCUGAAGCCUGGCUUGGCAGAGCAGACGUUCCAUUCCUGAAGCACUGUACACAUUUUUAUGCAGCAGUGGAGAACAUUUUCUUCUUGAUGCUUUUGUGUACAUAGACCCUGGAAUAAAUUCCCAAAGUGAUUCAUUGUGUACAAGGAAGUAUGAAAUGAGGGCACUACAGCAAUUCUUCAUGUUACUCUUCAUCACACGCAGACUUCUGGAAUCUACCCAUAAGACUGAAGGUCUGAACACAGUCAAGAUGAGUUUUAAAUUACUGUGAAAAAAAAGAGAGAGAAUAAAGCCUGUAUCUAAUGUGCUGAAGGUUCUACAUGUCAAACAGUCGUAACUUCAAAGCCAUCACAGUAAUAAAGGAUGCAAGCCUUCAGAUGUCCCUCGGGUUAGUGUCUGGAUUUUUUAUCCCACCACAUACCCACUUUUAUUUGUACUUCAGGGCUUGAAGACUUCAUUUAUAGUGUCCCACCCCUGUUAUACAACACUUCUUCAAGCUAAAAUGCUGAUUAUUUUAGCAUUAUAUUGGAUUGUGUAUAAAAUUACAAAGUUUUGUUAUUUUUAAAUUAAAACAUUAAAUUCAGUGUUUGAAGCUGGGUGUGGUAGCUUAUGCCAGUAAUCCCAGCAUUAAGGAAGCUAAAGCAGGAGAGUACCGUAAAUUUGAGACUGUCCUGAGUAUAUGUAAUGAAUUUCAGGCCAGUCUGAACUACAGAGUAAAUACUGUCUUAAAACAAAGAAAGGAAAGCCAAUGUUUGGGUUGUUUAAGAUUCUACUCAGCCUUCUGAUUUUUUUGCUACUGUUCUUCAUGAUAAUCAACUAUGAGAGUUUCCCAUGGGUCUGUCCUAGGCUUAGAGUCCUAUGGCUGGGAAUGGAUUUACUCCAAAAACUGGGUUAUGUAAAUUAUUUAUUUUUGUUCCUAAGCUUUUGUUUUAAAGCUUACUUACCCUAAAGUUUAUUAUUGAUUUUGAAUACAACAGUUUUUAAAA